AUGAUGAUCAACAGGAAUAAACAAACGCAAACGGAUGCGAACAACAACAGGAAAAGAACACUCCAAAACGUGGAGAAGAAGCGAACGAAGCGGACGCGAGAAAACGUCAAGAAGUCGUACUUAACCGUCGUGCUGGCGAUAUUGGCGUACAGAUUUUUCGUUUUUGCCGGGAACGCAAUUACCGGGAACGCGAGUCAGUUAGCGGUGAAUGAAUUAGAAGCAAACUUGAGAGAGUUGAACGGCACCGGGUUACUCGCGCGAACGCGGAUGGAGGACGCGGAGAAGCAGAUUGCGAAAUUAAAAGGCAAACGACGAGGGAACCGAACGCCGCAAUUCGUGACGGAUUUUAUGAGUUUAGACGAAAAGUACGAGAUUCGGUUUACUUUGAGAGACAGAACUCGACGCGGGUGUCGGAGAGCUUUAGAGACGGCGAAUAGAGUCGGCAUCGAGAAAGUCUCCGACGUGCCGAUGAAAACGCCGAGGAUGGCGUACGAUUUGGUGUUUGGGACGAUGAGAAAGACGUUCGUUUUGAGAUCUUUUGCGGACGGACUCGAGAGCUUUUUGAUAGACGUGUACGGGUCGGUGAUUUUAGUGAGGCAGUUAACCGUGGAUCGUUUAUUGUUUGAAAAAAUGAACGCGGAAGUGUACUUUGAUAAAAUACGCACGUCGAUGAAAGAAAACAAGGAGAAAAAUAUGGAAUCGAUGUUUCAUUCAACGAUAGGGAAGAUGAUAGUACUCGCGAUUGAUACUUUUACAAAGGCAAAAUCGAACGCGUACGCGUUUUGUGCGUACGUGGAACGGUUUGAGAACGUGGCGACGCCAGAACCGCCUUCGAAGAGGACAUGCGAGAAGGAAAAGAUCGCGUUGGAAACAGCCAAUCGUCUCUCGCCGUUUGCGGAUAGUCUCCCUGUUUUUGACCGAACGUUUGGAGCAUGGACCGCAAAGUGUAGCUCGAGGUGCUCGGAAGGGUUCCAAUCCAGAGUAGAUUGUAACGGCGACGUUGAGUUACGUCGGUGUAAAGGGGAAGAAACCUACGGGUGCGACGGCGUGUGCGGCUCGGGCGCCAAACUCGAUUGCGCCGGCGCGUGUCAAGGCGAAGCCGUCGUAGACACGUGUGGCGUGUGUGGUGGAAGUAACCGAAGUAUCGGGUGCGACGGCGUGUGUUUUUCGCCUGUCGUCUUGGACGAUAAAGGCAUGUGUUGCUUCACCGAAGAUUUAGAGGUGCACGACACAACGUUAACGAAGAAAUGUUCUCGCACGCAUGAAGAAGCGACGCUCGCGAAGCAAAAAAAGAUGGAAGAAGAGGCGGAAGAGAAACGAAAGAGCAAACCAAACUCGUUCAAGGAACUGGUGAUGCAAUUUCGCGACGCGAAGACGAAACAACGCGCCGCGUACAGCAACUUUUUCCGGCUUCUCGUCGCGAUUCGUAUCACGUGCGAAAUCGCGUCCAAAAAAGUCGGCCGCUCCAUCGCUAAAGUCAUGCGAGGGCACUUCAAAGCCAUCCUCUUCGUCUUUAACAUCUUCUUCGGGAGUUACAUGCGGUCGUUCGUAGGCUUCCUGGUCAUCAUGCUCGUCGCCGUCGUAACCGUCGACCGUCUUUUCACUCUCGGCGUCGUCGAGCGGACUUUGGACAAAUCCAAAACCGCCCAAAUGCUCGCCAACCGCUCGAAGCUCAAAUCCAUCGAGGACAUCAAAAAGCUCGAAAGAAAGCUCGAGAGCUUUAAAAAAGAGGCGAAAACAAAAAUCGGAACGCUCUUCGCCGUCCUCGUCCGGAUAUUCGACAUCGUUCUCGCCAAAUCUAUCGUCCUCUUCUGGAAAUUGAAGAACGCGCUCGAAGAGUUUUACGACGCCACCGACCUCGCCAAAAAACGCCGACGACGAAAAAACGAACCUCCUCAUUCUCCUCCUCGUUCGUAG